AUGCAUAAAUUAAUUAUUUAUUGUACUCCAGAACACUCUGAAAAUUUAAAAAAAGAAUUAUUUGAAAGAUUCAUUGGUAAAACUCAUACUUAUGAACAUGUUGUUAUUCAAAGUAAAGUUACUCAAUACUUUAAAUUAUCAGUUUUAAAAGAUCAGAGUAUAGAACUUGAUAAACUAGAAUUUUAUGUUUCUGAUGAAAGUAAUCGUAUUUUUAAUGCUUUGGAAUAUUUGAAGGAAAAUUUACCAAAUGAACAUUGUUCAUUUGAAUCUUAUCAUUUAGGAAAUAAUGGUUAUAUAGGUUUUAAUAAAUAA